CAAAGGCUCCUGGAAUGACGGGCGGCUGCGCUUCAGUAAGCAGAAUGUGGUGUAUAAGAGCAGCAAGACGGGGAAGGUGGACAGCAUCCCGGCUAGUGAGCUCAACGCAGCCCAGUGGAGACGAGUGUGUUUAGGUCACGGCAUCAAGCUGAGCACCAGCACAGGACACGUCUACAAAUACGACGGCUUCAGGGACACGGACUUUGAGAAGAUCUCUGACUUUUUCAAGUCUAAUUACAAGCUGGAGCUGACAGAAAAGGACAUGUGUGUGAAAGGAUGGAACUGGGGAACAGCAAAGUUCUCAGGGCCGCUGUUAUCGUUUGACGUAAAUGACAAUUCGGCAUUCGAGAUCCCGCUGUCCAAUGUGUCCCAGUGCGCCACGGGGAAGAACGAAGUCACUCUGGAGUUUCACCAGAAUGACGACACAGAGGUCUCCCUCAUGGAGGUCCGAUUCUACGUCCCGCCCAGCCAGUCUGAUGAACGACAAGACCCGGUCGAGGCGUUUGCCCAGAGUGUGCUGUCUAAGGCUGAUGUGAUCCAGGCCACAGGAGACGCCGUCUGUAUAUUCAAAGAGCUGCAGUGUCUUACACCCAGAGGAAGAUAUGACAUCCGCAUCUACCCGACUUUCCUUCACCUCCAUGGUAAGACCUUUGACUACAAGAUUCCUUACACCACCGUCCUCCGUCUAUUCCUGCUGCCACACAAGGACCAGAGGCAGAUGUUCUUUGUUAUCAGCCUGGAUCCUCCCAUCAAGCAGGGUCAGACGCGUUAUCACUUCCUCAUCCUGCUCUUCUCCAAGGAAGAGGACAUUAACCUCACCCUCAACAUGAGCGAGGAAGACGUGGAGCGCCGCUUUGAGGGUAAACUCAGUAAAAACAUGUCAGGGUCUCUGUAUGAGAUGGUCAGUAGGGUGAUGAAGGCCCUGGUCAACCGCAAGAUCACUGUGCCUGGAAACUUCCAGGGUCACUCUGGGGCUCAGUGCAUCACCUGCUCCUACAAGGCGUCGUCAGGCCUCCUCUACCCUCUGGAGAGGGGAUUCAUCUAUGUCCACAAGCCCCCCGUACACCUGCGCUUCGAGGAGAUCUCCUGCGUCAACUUCGCCCGAGGCACCACCACAACCAGAUCCUUUGACUUUGAGAUCGAGACCAAGCAGGGAAAUCAGUACACCUUCAGCAGCAUUGAGAGAGAAGAGUACGGCAAACUGUUUGACUUCGUUAACGCCAAGAAGCUCAACAUCAAGAACAGAGGAUUCAAAGAGAAGAAGGGCAUGAAGGGUAAAAUUGACGAGUACAGUGACUCAGACGAUGACCAGCACGAUGCCUACCUGGAGAGGAUGAAGGCUGAGGGCAAGAUCAGAGAGGAGGGCAACGACACGGACGAAUCAGAUGGCGAAAGUGAUGAGUCGUUCAACCCCGGAGAAGAAGAUGAUGACAUUGCAGAAGAAUACGACAGCAAUGCCUCGGCGAGCGACAGCAGCGAAGAUGGGGAUGAUAGCGAAGAUGACAGUGCAAAGAAGAAGAAGGCCAAAAAAGCCAAAGUGGUGAAGGAGAAAAAAGAACGGAAACCACGCAAAGAGAAGAAGCAGAAAGAUACUGGCGGUCCCAAGAGGCCGAUGAGUGCCUACAUGCUGUGGCUCAACUCAAGCCGUGAGCGAAUCAAGUCGGAGAACCCAGGUAUCUCCAUCACAGAGAUAUCCAAGAAGGCUGGAGAGAUGUGGAGACAACUGGGCAAAGACGAGAAGGAGGAGUGGGAAAUAAAGGCAGGAGAGGCGAAGAGACAAUAUGACAAAGCAAAGAAAGAGUACGCAGAGAGCGGCGGCGGCGGAGGAGGAUCAGCCUCCAGUUCCAAGAAAGAGAGUAAAAAAUCUGCAGGUAAGAAGGAGGAGAAGAAGAGGAAGUCUGCAGGUGCAGAUAAGGAAAAGGAGCGGGGAGGAGGCAACGACAGCUUCAAGAGUCGAGAGUUCAUCGAGACAAGCGAGAGUUCAUCAGACUCUGACCACAAGAGCUCCAAGUCCAAGAGGAAGAAGCCGGAAUCCGACGAGGAAGAGGCCGUGUCCACACCUGCCAGUUCAGAGGAAGAGUCUGACUAAACACACACACACACCCACACCGUACACACAAACCAAGGACCAAGCAUUUAUACUCUCUAUGUUGAGAUCACACAGAUGGACUGACCGACAAAUCAACGGACUUGAGUUGUAUUUUUCUUCUUCUACAUGUUUGUUUCAGGAGUACAAACACAUCUUGUGACUGAUUCUAAAAGCUCAAGUAAUAUUUGAUAUUCGAGCGGCUUUUCCUACUUGAUGGCUCAGUGAAAUGGCGGUGUGCCUCAUUUCCCAGAAUUCUUGAAGGGGUUUUUUGUUUUUUUUCCCAUUUUUACCCAUGGGGAUGGUUGUUGUAGUUUUAUAGCAAUGAGGAGGUAUUAGUUGAUUAAUGUGGAAGAGGCAGAGAGGAGAUGCAAAGCCAUUUUGUUCCUCCUGUGUGAAGCAUUUAAAAACUGCAUAUAAGUGUUUGUUUUUUUGUGUUUUGCAAUGUCAUGUUUGUUUUGAGGCUUAAUUAAAUAAAUGACUCAUUUUUAAUAA